AUGACGACCGGCACCUUCAGACACAUUGAUCUGAGUGCUCUGCCACCAGGUGUUAAACCAUGGGCCAAGGUAGAUGCGGAUGCAUCGUCUUUCAAGUUGGCAAACCACAAGCGAUCAGUGCACAACCUGAGGGGUCGCGAAAACGAGUUCACCACUGAUAACUCAGGUUUCACGGUUUACAACGAACCAGCCAAGGAGAAGACAUUCACCAACGAAGCCGACGUCAGAGACGGCUACUACCAGGAGGUUGAGGCACUAUUGCGCAAGCGGAUACCUGGCAUCAAGAAAGUUACCAUCUUUGACCACACGAUCCGCAGGCGCACGCCGGAUUCCCCGCGGGCACCGGUCCAGCAGGUGCACGUGGACCAAACCCCGGGAGCCGCCGAAGCCAGAGUGCGGAGACAUCUGCCGAAGGAAGAGGCCGAGGAGCUCUUGAAAGGACGAUACCAGAUCAUCAACGUGUGGCGACCCAUCGAGAACCCGGCGAGCGACUUUCCGCUCGCUGUGAUUGACUGGAGGACCACAGUGCCAGAUGACUUUGUGCCGGUUGACCUGUUGUACCCCAAGCGUGCCGAUUCCGUUAUGGACGACGAUGACCGGGGCAAGGAGGUGCGCCCGGACGAGUCCGCGUGGUUUUCGACCGAGGGCUACGAGGUCCGAGGUGAGACAAUGGGCGUGAGCCACAACUCAAACCAGAAGUUCUACUACCAGAAAGACAUGACACCGGAUGAGGUCCUGCUAUUGAAGUGCUAUGACUCAUUUGGCGAAGGACAACCGUUGGGGAAGAAGGGCAUUGCUGUUCGCACGCCUCACACGGCGUUCGUCGAUCCAGCGACGCCCGAAGAUGCUCCCGGCCGUCAGAGCAUUGAGGUCAGAUGCUUAGUGUUUUACGAGUAG